CUUCAAUGUUGGGAAAUUGUUAUUACAGCUUACAUUAUUAUUAGUAAAAUAAUGAUUAUAUAUUACCGAAGAGAAUUAAAACAAAUUAAGGAACAAAGGAACAGAAUAAAGGGUAACCUUGUAAAUUCUACCUUUUAAAGUUGAACUCUUUCUCUUCUCAUUCAUUUGUUCUUUCUUCAGAGAAAAACAAAAAACAGAGCAUUUUUUUUGGUCAAGAGCAAGAAAAAACAGAGCAUACUUUUGCAAAAAGCAGAGCUUGGAGCGCUUUCUUGUCAUCUAAAAUUCAAAGGCAGAGACGAUGGGAGAUGUAGUUUUGUUCAUAGAUGAAACAUAUUUGAAAUCGAGUUUUAAUCGCUGUAGAAUCUGUCACGAAGAAGAAGCUGAGAGCUACUUUGAAGCUCCUUGUUCUUGUUCAGGAACCAUCAAGUUCGCUCACAGAGAUUGCAUACAACGAUGGUGUGAUGAGAAAGGAAACACAAUUUGUGAAAUUUGUCUCCAGGAGUAUAAACCUGGAUACACCACAACUUCAAAACCAUCUCGAUUUAUUGAAACAGCAGUCACAAUCAGAGAUAAUUUACACAUAAUGAGAAGAGAAAAUGGAAGAAGAAGAAGAAAUAGAAGAUUAGUGAAUAGAGAAGAAUCAGAUUUUCAAGAAUGCAACUCUGGUGUUGAUAGAGGCGCCUCUUGUUGUAGAUACUUGGCUCUCAUUUUUUCGGUUAUUUUGUUGAUAAAGCAUGCAUUUGAUGCGGUUUAUGGAACUGAAGAGUAUCCCUAUACAAUAUUCACGGUCUUAACAUUGAAGGCUAUAGGCAUACUAUUACCAAUGCUCGUUAUCAUUCGAACCAUCACAGCUAUUCAAAGGAGUCUCCGAUAUCAAAUUCUCGUAAGCUCUCAAUAUAUGAAUUGCUGAUUUUGUCCCUUUUUUCUCAUUCCAAAAUUUACUUAUAUGAUUUUAAGUUAGAUCUCUAUAUAUUGUCUCUAUGUUGACUUUUAAUGUUGGUCAUUUGUUUCAAUAGGAAUCAGAAGAAGAUACAUUGAGCUCUGAAGAAGAAGAUCAUGGUUUGGAGGAGGAAGAGCAACAACAACAUAUAGCUUGAAUUUUUACUUCCUUUUUGUUCAAACCUCUAUUCAGAAAUAUACCCCACAAAAAUAGGAAUAUGAAACCAUUAGCAAAUGUAAAUUAUGUUAAGUAUUAUACAUAGAUUUUAAUUAAAUCUCCAAACAUAAAUUACAGAAUAAAAGACUUCAGCAUUAUCUUC